GCUCGUGGAUUUUGCCACAUAGAGAAGUGGUAGCUGACAGGAAGAUUAAAUGUCUACACCCAAGAGGAUGAGAUAUUUAUACUCUCUCUCCAAAAAGCCUAUAUUCUACCAUCUAGAUGGUAAAGGACCCAAGUUGAAGCCAUACAAAAGGAUGCUGUUUCCCCAGGAAGACGAAUGGGCGGCAUCGGUGGCGCCUUUUUCUGUCGAGUGUAAGGCGUUUGGGGCUUCCACAGCUCUCGGCCCCUCGCAGCCCCCUAAGGGAUACGACCGAAAUCUGUGGAUGAGGCACAUAACAAGAUGUCUGCAAAUGUAUGUUGCUUGGUUGAAAAGGAAUGGAGAAGGAGAUGGAAAUUUUUGAGGAAAA